GCGUGCAGGAGCCGGAGCGCGCCCGGCCGCCCCCCCUACGCAUCGAGAGCUACGGCGUCGUGGCGGCGACGGCCGGCGAGGAGGCCGCUCUCGGCUGCCGGGUCUUCCCCUCCGAGUCCGCCACGGUCUCCUGGAAGCGAUUGCGGGACCAGAAGCUCCUGUCGACCAACAACUACUCGUAUACAGGCGAACGUCGAGCAAGAGUCCGGCACGAGGAAGGGUCGACGAGUGGCACCUGUGGCUCGCCAGGUGGCCCCCCGAGGACGACCGCUUCGAGUGCCGCGCCGUCGGCGUCUCCGGGGAGAGAGGAGGAAAAAGUGGGUGUGUCUGCUGUGCGCGUGCCCUCUCGCGCCACCCGCUUCACAGACCAGACGCUCACCUGCAGCUACAACCUUGCGACAUGGGCCUCUAUGCUGUCAAGUGGUACCUCAACGACAGCGAAUUCUUCCGGUGGGUGGAAGACUUAA